UCACACUGAUAAUAAAAUAUUUUGGACAAACUGUUGAAUGAAUUAAAUAAUAUUAAAUAAUAGUAAAACGCACAUUUAUUAUGGAAUAUGUUCAUUCUGUCUGGAACUACAUUGCCUCGGUGUGCAGUUGCAUGCACUGCGCCGAGGACGUUGGUGCUCAGAACAUUGAACCAAACGAAAGAACACACCUACUCGUUGAUCCCGUCAACCAUAGUCCGGCACUCAGGAGAAGUAAUUCGGAUGGCUUAAGCAACGAUUAUUCCCAUUCGCUUCCAAAAAAAGAUGACCAAACGGCGCUAUCUAGACUUGUGCAGAACACAGCAAUAAACAUGAUCAAUGUGGGCGCCAUGGAUUGCCAUAGCCUGGAGCAUCAGGAGUACACAGACAGAAUAAAAAUCUACUCGCAGCGCUUGCACCAACAGUGGAACAAUGUGCAGCACCCAAACAUAACAAUGAAAGGACUGCUGAAGGAUGUUCCCAAUCAUCAGUUCUAUAUAACAAAACCAGUCUCUGCUAAGGAUACACUUCAGAUGAAAUUGUUUAUCGAGAAAGCACUGAUCGGUGUUAACCAAAUACAGAUCGAUCACAAAGAGGCGGUUGUAGUUCCUUUCCAAAUACCCUGAUUAUUCAUCAAGAGAUAAGUAAUAGAUUUGUGUAUCAGUUUAUAAUGGUACUAAGUAACCCCUGCAAAUUCAUUUAAUCGACUUAUUUUAUUUAGUGUAUAAAUACAAAUAAAUACAAUACACACACACACA